GCGUGUCUUCCUUGGCCCCGCCCCCCGAGGCCCCGGCCGGGUGCGGCCCGCAGCGAAGGAGCAGGCGCGCGGUGAAGUCUCGGGGGCCGGGGGGGCGACGACGCGAGAUAAGGCCUGGGGUGGCGGGGACAGCAGCUCGGCGCCUGGGGACCCGGCACCCGAUCGCGCCACCGCGGGAGGAACCCGGGUUCCGGGCGAGGCUGCCCCGGGAAUGCUUUCGCGAGGCACAAACAUGGCUGCGGCCGUGCGAGCUGCGGGCGCCCUGCUCCGCGACCGGCUGGUGCAUGGCGGCUCAAGGACCUGCCAGCCAUGGAGGGGCCAGUCCAUGGGAGCCACGGCGACAGCUACCGCAGAAACAGCCCAACCGGCCAGAAGCCCAAAACCACAGGUGCAACCGGGGAAGAGGAAGCCGAAAACUGGAAUAUUGAUGCUAAACAUGGGCGGCCCUGAAACGCUGGGGGAUGUUCACGACUUCCUUCUGAGGCUCUUCUUGGACCGAGACCUCAUGACGCUUCCUAUUCAAAACAAGCUGGCGCCAAUCAUCGCCAAACGUCGAACCCCCAAAAUUCAGGAGCAGUACCGCAGGAUUGGAGGCGGGUCUCCCAUCAAGAUGUGGACCUCCACGCAGGGAGAAGGCAUGGUGAAGCUGCUGGAUGAGUUGUCCCCACACACAGCCCCUCACAAAUACUAUAUUGGAUUCCGGUACGUCCAUCCUCUAACAGAAGAAGCAAUUGAGGAGAUGGAGAGAGACGGGAUCGAAAGGGCUAUCGCCUUCACGCAGUAUCCACAGUACAGCUGCUCCACGACAGGCAGCAGCUUAAAUGCCAUUUAUAGAUACUAUAACCAGGUGGGCAAGAAGCCUGGGAUGAAGUGGAGCACCAUUGACAGGUGGCCCACGCACCCGCUGCUCAUUCAGUGCUUCGCAGACCAUAUAGUGAAAGAACUGGACCAUUUUCCACCUGAGAAGAGAAGUGAGGUGGUCAUUCUGUUUUCGGCUCACUCCCUGCCGAUGGCUGUGGUCAACAGAGGGGACCCCUAUCCUCAGGAGGUGGGCGCCACUGUGCAGAGAGUCAUGGAUAAGCUGGAUUACUCCAACCCCUACCGACUGGUGUGGCAGUCUAAGGUUGGUCCGAUGCCCUGGCUGGGCCCUCAAACAGAUGAGACUAUCAGAGGGCUUUGUGAGAGGGGAAGGAAGAACAUUCUUUUGGUUCCAAUAGCAUUUACCAGCGAUCACAUUGAAACGCUGUAUGAACUGGACAUCGAGUACUCUCAAAUUCUAGCUAAAGAGUGUGGAGUUGAAAACAUCAGAAGAGCAGAGUCUCUUAAUGGAAAUCCAUUGUUCUCCAAGCCCCAAUUUUCUUACUUCUACCCAUCUAUAACUAUGACGGAUUUAAGACCUGCCUUCCAGAGGCAGGGUUUAGCACGUAGGGCCCUGGCCGAUCUGGUGCUCUCACACAUCCAGUCAAACGAGCUGUGCUCCAAGCAGUUGACUCUGAGUUGUCCGCUCUGUGUAAAUCCUGUCUGCAGGGAGACUAAAUCCUUCUUCACCAGCCAGCAGCUGUGACCCCCGCCAGAGGACCCCGUGGGAUUAGGCAAAUGCCCAACCCCCAGAUGCCCCUGUUGCGGAGGAGAUGUAUUUAGAGGUCAAGAAAGAAAGUUACACUGGUAUCUGUACAGCCCUUGGGCACAAAUUGUGUGAUUUCUUGAAGAACAGACUCUGAAAUCCUUAUUGGGGUUUUCUAUUUUUGUAUGCCGGUACAGUAAGCAUUUAUAGUCCCCCUCUGUGGGUAGAGUUACCAGUUUGGAAUGUCCACUGGGCUAUUUAAAAAAUGAGUUUUAAAAAUUUAUCUGAAUAGAUGCACACAUAUUUUAAAUAUAGAUUUUGGUUUUAUUGCCCCAAACCCCUGCAAGGAUAGUUGUGGGCUGUCAGCGUGCAUGAGCUCUGUUUACAGUCUCGGGCAAAUAGUUGGUGGUCCUUGUUUUUGAAGGGAACAUAAUUGAGCAAAGAAAAUAGAAUUUGAAAAGGAACUGUUACCUGGCCUCUCCCUAAGCCUGUGGGGCCCAGAGUGCCUGUGAGGUGGCGUGGUUGCCUAUAAUGUCUGUUCCUGCCAGUGAUGUCACAAUUAGUUUGUCCUUUGGGGACUUAACAUGUGAACCUCACUUUCUUCACCCUAAAACCAAAUCAAGUACAGAUUCUGGAAGCGCUUUAAGAUUCCCCAGGCACUCAAGGCUGAUAGACAUGUAGAAAUCCAGCGUUUGUCAUUCAUGCUCUGUGGUGCCACCAACAGGAAAGGGGGCUCCCCCUGCUUCCUGUCCCCAGGGCUGGGGAGGCCGGGAAAUGCUCACGACGAGCUUCAGCUGUAAAGCUUAUCCCAGAACCGAGUGAACCUUUCUGUGGAACAUCUUCACUUUGGUUGAAUGUCUUCUUUCUGCCUAUUUGUUUGAAGCAUUAUUUUACAAAGUUAGCUAUGUUUUGUAAUCUUGAAUUCUUUCUUAACUUAGAAUUUUUAUUAUAAAAUUAUAUAACCCUCCCACUAGAACUUUGAAUAGUAGAGAAAAGAGAAAUAACCACUCUAAUGCGAUAGCCAUUAAUCAUGUUGUUAUAUCUCAUGCCAUUCCUUUCCUGUGGAUGUUUUUAAUGCUACUGUAACCUUGAAUUUAUGAGUGAAAAGUUGUUCUAAAAAUGUGGAAAUAAUGUCAGAUCAGAAUCUGAUCUCCUAUACCUGGAUUUAAAUGGGUUUAAAAAAUCUCUGAUGGAUCCGUAAUGAACUUGUAAUGAUUGCCUUCUCUUUCCUCCAAGCUCUAAAACUUUGUUCUUCAAAAGAGCAUGUCUUUGAUGUUUUUAAAGCCAGUUCUGAAACUGAAGUGUUAGAGGAGUGAUAGAUCUUCUAUAUUCGGGAUUUACUAUAUUAAUAAAUAUUAUCACAUCAUUAAGGUUUUAA